CCACAGCCCCGCCUGUUGUUCAAUCUUUACCCUUUUUCUAUAUCUCAGGGAGGCAAAAAGGAGUGUUCUUAAAUUUUUACAGAUAAUAAAGUAGACCCUCGCACAAAUCCAACAAAAAGCGGUAGGGGUCCAAAACACCAGACCCUGACUCACCUUUCUUCUUCUUCUUCCUCUGUUUCCUCUGUAAAAAUUGUCCUUAAAAACCCCACAUCCCAAAGCUUCCAAUGCCAGAAUCUUCCUCUUUCUAGGACACCAUGAAAUCAAUUAGAGACACUAAAGCGAACCCUUCACCCGAUUUAUUGGUUUGUUUCCCUUCUCGCUCGCAUUUCGCUUUAAUGCCAAACCCACUCUGUAGUCCUGCCAGAGCGUCUGAUUCGAACAAGCUCCGCCGUUAUCACCGGCGGAGAAAGUCGGCGGAGAGUCCGGUGGUUUGGGCCAAAGCGAAGACGAUGGGGGGGUCUGAGGUGUCGGAACCGUCGUCGCCGAAAGUGACCUGUGCAGGGCAGAUUAAGAUGAGGCCGAAGAGCAGGAAGAGCUGGGAAUCGGUGAUGGAGGAGAUAGAGAGAAUUCAUAAUAGGAGGGAAUUACGGCGGAGGAGGUUCAAUUGGGUCGAAUCUUUAGGGUUCAAGAAGGAUAUAAUGCAAUUCUUAACAUGUUUACGGAGCUUACGGUUUGAUUUUGGGUGUUUCGGAGCUUUCCCUGAAGCAGAGUUCACCUCUGAAGACGAGGAAGAAGAGGAAGUGGGUGUCGAGGGGAGCGAUGGCUCUAGAACGGCGUUUUCUAAAUGGUUCAUGGUUUUACAGGGAAGUGGGGUCCGGAGAGACGGCAACGGUCUCUGUACAGUUGAUGAUGCAUCGAUUGGGCCGCCGAUGGCGCCGCCCAGAAACGCGCUUUUGCUGAUGCGCUGCAGGUCUGCUCCGGCGAAGAGUUGGGUGGAGGAAGGAUGUUCAGAGGAGGGAGAAGAAACAGAGGUGAAGGUGAAGAAGAGCUUGAAAUGGCUAAUGGAGGAAGAGAACAGAGAGAGCAGGGAUUUGGUUACGAGGAGCCAGAGUUGGAAGGUUUGAUCUCAGUGGGAUCUCUCAAUCCACCCCCUUGAAGACCCAACAUAUUUGCUGGCACACCACCUCAUUUCCACCCCCUUUUCGGGGUUCGGCCUCCUGGCUAGCACAUCGCCCAGUGUCUGACUUUGAUACCAUUUGUAACGGUCCAAGGUCACUAUUAGCGAGUAUGGUCUUCUUUGGGCUUUUUCUUUAACAUUUUCCAAAUCUGUUUACAAAUAUAACAUACCCUCAAAAUCAAAACCUUUAACCUUACCCAGACUAUUCCAAAAGUUG